AUGUCGCAGUUUGUCUUUGCAGACCGCUUCGUGCUGCCCGAGGGAUCGGCUCUUGCUUCCACCAGACUGCACACCAUCUUCUACGCCUCGCUCGUAGUGCAGCAUGUCGUAUUCCAUGCCCUCUCCCAGUCCUGGCUCAAGGGCGAUAGCAAGGACAUGCUCAAGAAGCGAUGCUGGAUCCUCACCACCUUGGCCAGCUUCGUCAUGUGCAUCGCCAGUCUGCCCUAUCUCUACGAUCUCAUCAUCGGCGGAUUCGACCUGCAAUCCCUUCGACCCAGGACCAAAACCGUCGCGGAGCCGCUCGCCGCCUUCUUCGUGGCUUACCUCCUCUCCGACCUCACACUCGGCUCCAUCUACUACCGCAAGCUGAUCAACCUCUCGUCCGGCUGGAUCCACCACAUCGCCUACACCUUCCUCUUCUCCCUCUGGGUCCACAAGGGCUGGGGCCACAUCGCAGCAGCCGCGGCCAUCUUUGAGCUGCCCACGCUCAUCAUGGGUAUCGCCUCCAUCCACCCUCCGCUCCGCUCCAACACUGCCUUCACCGUCACGUUCUUCGCGACGCGCGUUUUCUACCAUUUCGCGCUCCUGCUCUGCUCCGUCACCCCGCACGGCCGCAGCGCCCCGGGCAUCAACGGUAGUUGGGGUCCCGCCAUCAGCCUCGUUGCAACCUAUCCCAUGCACCUCUGGUGGGGUUACAAGUGCAUCUGCAGCAUCCGACGCAGGAUGCACAAGAGAAAGCUCGAGGCCGCACAAGUGGCCAAAGAGAAGGCUUCUCUCGCUUCGGCCGCCGGCCAGCUGUUCAACGGCCUGCCCGCCCCAGACACCAGCAGCGCUGUCAACACGCCCGCCGUCACUCCGGGCGCAGGCGCGACCCCAGCCACGGCCAACUUUGGCGCCACCGGUCCGGUUCACGCAGCCUUUGCGCGUGCGGCUGCUGUUACCCGUCCACCCGUCAACCUUUUCAUGCCCAACCGCCGCAAGACGCAGCGCAAAGACAUUCAGUUGGCCUCCGUGCCCCCACUGCUUUCCAAGACGAUCAACCCCAACUACAUCAACUCAAACUCCGUCUUCACAGCCCCCGUAGCUCCCGAGGGUGCCGGACCGAACGACACCGAGCCCUUCUUGGCCAUCCGCUCCCCCGCCGAAUCCAGCGACCGGGCGCGGCGCCUCGUGGCUGAUGCCGUGCGAAAAGUCUGGAUCAACGCUCCCACCAGUUGGCGCCGCCAGUUCGAGGAAGAGGCGGGCGUGCGACCCAGAGGCUUUGCUUCCAGUCGCGUCCCCUCCUACACCACGGACGAGUCCUCUGAAGAGUACGAAGAGGCGGAUUCCGACUCCAUCGCAUCGACAACCUCGACCACCUUGGCAUCCGAGUCCCGUGCGCGCCGCUACUUGCAAGCCCAGCGCUCCCGCAUUCGUAGCGCGGUGCUGCGAGCGGUACGGACGGCUAUCAACGGCCGCGAUGCCGAUGGCUUCAAGGCGGUCAGCUCGCACGAUGGCAACGUGAUCACCACGUUUGCUGACGGAGCGGUCGUGGCGGCGGGCGACGUUCGACCAACUGGUCUCGAUCGCACGCUGCUCUCGCUCGAUUUCAGCUCGCUCAUCAAGUAUCUCCCUCCGGACUUUUUCGGACAGGAGUACGAGAUUCGUGAGUUCCCCGUCGAGCAGGUGGCACAGGGCGGACGCCGACGACGCAUCGUCGGCCAGAUCCGCCGUCGAAUGGAGGUGGCCCGACAAGACUUUGUCGUCUUCGACUGA